AGAAGCGAUCUUUCUUUCUCUCUUUGUUCCUUCUCUUUGUUUUUGUCUCAGCUCUGCGUUUUUGGGUGAGAUUUAGUAGAUAAUACAACGUGAUAUACAUUUGGCCUAGGUAUAAAAGGUCUUGGGGUGAUUGACGCGAGCAUUUCCCUCUUUGUUUCUCUCUUCGUUGUAAGCUGUCGUCUCCGUAUCUGGAGAUUCUUGGGUGUGUGGCUGAUUUGGGCGAAGAGACAGAUUCUUUUGUGGCUGAUUCUUGGGAGUUUCUACAUGAUUGAAGGAAUAAGGCUUGAAGCUUUACAAACAUUGCAGCCUGGGGUGAGAUUUUUGAUAUUUUUUUUUCCUAUGGUAUUGAUUAACUUCUGCCUAUUAAUUUAGUUUGAAAAUUGAAAUGGGUUUUAUUCGAUUUGUUCAUAAUCUUCCUGGAUUGUCAGAUUUAGUUAUCGAUGAAAGGUUUAUAGAGUCUGGGUUUGUUUUCAUAGAGUUUGGGUUUCUAUUUGAUUAGCUCUGAUGAAGACUUUUUCCUUUUGGGGUUUUGUUGUUUGUGGAGCAAAGAGAAUAGGAGCUCUUGCUUGCUUGAAAGAAAAGAAGUGGAAGGAAUUGGAGACAUCUAUAGAUCAUCGCUGGAUAUAAUUGUUUGUAAUUAGAAAGGAAUCUGUGCGAAGGGACAUGCUAUUCACGGUUUAAUUGAGGAAUCUGCUUAUCCUUACAUGUCCAAGAAAAUGGAAGAAGGACAGGUGUAUGACAUUACCAAUUUCUAUAACCGAAAACCUGUAUAAAAAUAUAAACUUGCUGAUCAUGUGGUAGAACUGUGUUUCAAUGAGUCAACAAAGUUUGAGCCUGUAAUGGAUGCAUUCCCUCCAAUCCCAGAACAUUCAUUUACCUUCCUUCAUUUUGACAACUUGGAGGACCAGAUGAGGACUCAGACAGUACUUAAGGAUGUUUACCGGUUUACGGUUGUAUCAAAUCACUCAUACCAGAACAUCAAGUUACUGUCAAAGACACUGGAAAAUUGGAAUCAAAAUGUGAAAUCUUUGUAGAAAAUUUGAGGAGGGAGGAUAUCAGAAUUACCUUCUGGGGUGACAUAGCUAGAGAGUUUGAUAUGGAAAGAGUUAAACAGUUAUCCCCACCGGUGCUCGCUGUAUUCACGGGUUUAAGAAUGGGUAACAGCAGCAACAACAGGCCAUACAUGCAUCAUGAUCAAUCCAGAUAUUCCAAUAGCAAAUGAAUACAAAGCUGAGUUCUCGAAAUCAGGUGACAAAGUGAAAGGUACCUUUCAAACGGCCAACAACAGAAGAGAUGAUAGACAAAACAACAAAGUCGGUCUUUGAAUUAAACACAUUGGAUCCAGAUAUAUACAUGGCAAAAUAUCUCCACCAAGGAGGAAUAAGGAGGGAUAGGCACCAAACCUAACAUAAACUGCUUGAUUGUAGUGACCCAUGUGGGCAAGUGCAAGAGGUAUGGCAGGAUACCAAGUAUACUGCAAUCUCACAUUGUUUGGGAGAAGCAAGCGGGGUUGCGCUAUAACCUGACUCGCGAAGAGAAGUGCCACGUGGCACGUAUCAGAGGUUGCUGGCGGAAUCGCAACUUGCUGGAUUUUCGUCUCCUUACUGGGUGGGAGUUGUUGGUUGAUCAACAACUGACUCGUGUUGUUGAAACUCCACUGGGUAACAAAGCGAGCUGUGACGCCUUUGUGAAAGCCAUGGACCGCGCUGAGAUCGACAACUUCUUGGAGAUCAUGUACGCUUCCGAGCUGGUGGCUCAACAGACGGUUGUGAACCCGGAAAAGCUGGCGCUAAGCCCGUCCGUGGUUCCUGUGGUGCUAUCCAUGCCACACCACUCCCAUGUUGGUGGUGACGGGCUGCCUGCCGUUCAGGCGGGGACUGGUGUGGUAAGCGAGGCGGUGCCGCAGAAAGAGAGAGCGCCGGCCACCCGACGCGGGGUGCACAAUAAAAUAGUGCUCCCAGCGGAGGUCGUCACCAUUGCGGGGUUGGAGCUGCCGAUGAGGGGAUCGAGGCCUGCUCCCGCUGGAAGCACGUGGGUGCUUCAGCGAAAACGCCGUCAAAAUGACUCUGGCGGGGAAGAGGAGGAUGACGUGGAGAUCACUGGGGCCCGCCAGCAGAAGAAGGCACGACAAGCUCCGCCCAAGGCUCUUGCGGACGUGGCGAAAGAGGUGGCCGUGAGCGACCUAGACUCAUUUGCCGUGUACGCCGAGUUCCUAAAUGAUGGUGAGCGGGAGUUUCUUUAUCACCUCUGCGAGCGGCUGGGGUUCAGCGGGAGCAGGCCUCGAUUUGACCAAUCGCCCUUCAACACAGCAUUUGGGCACAUCUCUGUUGGGCUGCACGAGAUGUUUCUAGUGGCGUCGAAACAGCCCCGGGUUGAGCGGGAGCUCAGGGAAGAGGUGGCGGGCCUGCAGAGGGACUUGGGGGAGGCCCAAGACAGGUUGGCUGAUGUGGAACGACGCCUGACAAAGGCCGACUGUGAUGCAGCAGAUGCCCGUGGCAAGUUGGUCGUCGCCAUUGAGCGGGACCUGGAGCGGAACGAUCAAUUCUCCAAGUUGGAGCAAGAUAUGUCCCUGCUGCAAGAUCGGGUGGCUGCCAAGGAUAAGAAGGUUGAGAUCCUUCAGCGGGAGUUUGCCGCCAGCCUGGCCGAGGUUAAACGGCUGGAGGGUGAAGUCGCUCGCCUGGGGGCUGAGGGGAGCCGGGCUGCGGCCGCCGCUAUGGAGUCAUUCAAGCAGUCGACGGAAUAUAAGAAGGCGCUGACUGAAGCGGCGAAGGCUGGUGCCCUAGCCAAUGUGGAGAUGCUACAACAGAAAGGCACCAUUGACUGGGCGAAGGCAUCCAUGCCGGUCGUGCCUCCAGCUAAGGAUGCUCCGCCGGCAAAGGGUAUUGCCCCCUCUCAGGUUGAUGGUGCCCGCUCGGGUAGUGGGGAAAGUGGCACAUAUCCAGCGGAUGACUCCCAGCGGACUCCUACCCAGUCGGAGGUGUCCCAUGCUGGGUUCUUGGAGGCCCAUACCCAGGCGGAUGGUAUAAUAGAGACCCCAAGUCCUACUGCCCGCGGAUCUGACCAGACAAGCCGCCAACAUCCGCCGCCGCAUGCCGAAGGAAGCCGAGCCAACCCAGCCAACCCUUGAAAGAUGGAAGUCAUAUAUUUUUUUUGUAGCCGCUGAGGCAUAAUUAUCUGAUGUAAUGAACUUUUUUGGGUGGGGAGUCCCAGCCCUAAGUAUAUGAAAUUUCGGAAUUUGGUUUUUUUUUUUUUUUUUUUUUUUAUGAUGUCUG